CCGCUUUGUUUGUAAAUCUCUAAUCCUUACAAAAAAGCCAUCUCCCCUCAACCUAUACCGGCAUCCACCCGUGAGUACACUACAUGCGUCCGCCUAUGCCUCAGACAGGUUGCUGAUGUGCUUGCCGCCCCUUCUCUGUCGCCUCCCUACCCACAUGCCCCUGUUGUGCACUUUGUUUAUGCCUGCUCGACGCGUAUCACCUUGCGGCCACGUUCUCGUCAUCCAGACGCGUCAACAUCCGAUACAAUGUCUGCUCCUAGCUGGGAAGAGAUGGAGGGCAAGAGGCUCGAAAUGAUAAACUCGUUCCGAGAGGUCGCGGCUGCCAUGACCAACUGUGUCAAGGUUAUCGACGAAUACACCAGCCUCUCUCCCGUGCACCUCUCCAAGCCCGACCUCCUCCAGCCCCUCACUGCCGGCGGUCCCCUCGCACAGGCCCUCGCCUCCGGCCUCGGCGACCCCUCUUACGGCGGUGCUACCGGCAAGAAGGAGCGCAAGAAGAAGGAGAAGAAGAUCAAGGACCCCAACGCGCCCAAACGACCCCCCAGUGCCUACAUCUUGUUCCAAAAUGAUGUGAGAGAUGAGAUUAGGAGGUCAAACCCCAACAUCGCGUACAAGGAGAUCUUGCAUAUCAUCUCUGCCAAGUGGAAGGAUUUGGCGGAUGACCAGAAGAAGGUGUACGAGGAUGCAUACCAGAAUGCUCACUCCACCUUCCGUGCGGAAGAGGAAGCCUACACUAGCAAGAAGGAUUUCCCUGCCCCCCCUCCCGUCGCCGCCGAGGAAGACUUUUCCUCCGACUCUGAGUCUGACUCUAGUUCUGAGGAGUCUGUUGCGCCUGCGCCUACCACUCUUGCGUCUGCUACCGCUACCGACAAGAAGGAGAAGAAGAGGAAGAACAAGGAAGACGAAGCUUCUAAGAAGAAGAAGAGCAAGGACUGAGUGUCGUCUUUCGUUCAGAUUGAUUUGAUUUUUUCUGAUAAUACGUGAUGGGUGGUGGAUUGGCGUUGGCACAGUAAAUGAUUCUCCUUUCGUGUAGUAUAUAUAUGGCCCUAAUGCAAUUCAACGUCGAUUGUGAGA